GUUAACAUCGCAAGUGUAUAUUUUUGGUUUCGAAGCAUUUGUCGGCAUUCAACUCCUGAGACGCAAAGCAGCAGAAACAAUGCGGAGAAGACAGGCGGACCCCGAAUUUGAGAUUGACGACUUUCGUCACUGGCAAAGGGAGUUUAGUCAACAACUUGUGGAUUCCCAUUGGCCAAGCCCACAAAGCGAGCCUGUUCGACGAAUUGUGCUAAUCGGAAAGACAGGACAUGGAAAGAGUGCGACAGGCAAUACUAUCCUGGGAUGCACCAGAAGAGAGGACUGGAAAUUUGAGAGCUCAUCAGGUUCAACAUCAAAAACACAGAAAUGUGAAAAACAUGAAGCUGUCAGAUUUGAGAAAAGGCUUAUAGUGGUUGACACCCCAGGGUUGUUUGACACACAGUCAAAUAGCAUCGAAACAGAGAUCGGGAGGUGUGUGUGUCUGUCUCAACCAGGCCCACAUGUCUUCCUCCUCGUCAUGUCUAUGGAUAGGUACACUAAGGAGGGGCAAAAAUCAAUUGAAAAUAUUGAGCGGAUGUUUGGUGAAAUGGCAAAGCGAUACACCAUUGUUCUUUUUACCGGGAUGGACGAUUUGGAAUAUCAUGGGGAGACACUGGAGGGGAAACUAAGUAGGGAUAAACCCUUUAGGGAUCUUGUAUGGAAGUUUGGGAAUAAAUACCAUGGCAUAAAUAACAGAAGUCAUGAUGAUGAACAAGUGAGGAAGCUUGUUGACAAAAUAGAGGAUGUAUUGAAGGACAAUGAGGGGCAUUUUUACACCAAUGAUAUGUACGAAACGGCUUCCAUUGAACUUCACAGGGAGAUUGAAAAGAUUCUGAGGGAAAAGUUGCCAGAUAUCAUAGACAGAGAGCAAAGAUGUAGGAGUGCUGAAGAGAUUGAUAACCUCUGGUGUGAAGAGGUUAAAGCAGCUGUAGAGAAAGCAACUUGCAUUGUUGCAACAAUUUUGAGAAAUAAGGGAUUAAUAUCAAUCGUUGCUUUACUUGGUGCUGGGGCAGCAUUGUGUGCGGCAGGCCCUGCUGUUGCUGCUAUUGCAGCAGGGGCAGGAGUAGGAGCAGGAGUCGCUUUUGGCUACAAAAAAUACUAUAAAAAAUAGGCAUCAAUGAACUGGAACAUUUUCUCAGUGUUCUCAGAAAUCUUACUGGGAAAAUG